CGAAGUGAGCAAGCGCUAAAUUCAAAAUUUUCAAACAGCUGAGGAGCGCGUGUCUUGUAGAGAAAGCGGAGAGACUUUUACUCCCUCACCAGACAAAUAAAGAAGAAAAACAUAAAGGAUUGUGUUUUAAUUUAAGCUUGUUGUAGCAUAUAUUAGGAUGGACCCAUUCACUGAGAAACUGUUAGAGCGCACACGUGCUCGUAGAGAGAAUUUGCAGAGGAAGAUGGCUGACAGACCAACGGCGGCCAACCGUCCAAUGGCAAAAAGGACAAGGGAUCCUCUUGCAGAUACAAACGGUGUCAUAAGUGAGCCGACCAUUGAAAAAGCACUUCCCUCCUCCAAGCCGUCCCCCUCAAAGCGUCGUUGUUCAGAUGAAAAUACUCUCCUUACUGGAGAAGAAAACAAGCAACCGGUGGCCCUAAAAUCGACACCCUCUGAGCCCAUGACAGACAAGAAGCCACCCCUGGCACCAAGCACUGUUCGUUCUGUGCCCGUGGAGCAUAGGUCUGCUCGUUGUACACCAGAACCAGAGGUGCUGCCCACUCAACCUCUUCCAGACACUGAAAAGAUGGUGGUGUGCCCUCCACAGUCUCCAGCAAAAAGCACAAAUACUGCAAUGAAACACACUGCUUUAGAUGGAGCCAGAGAGACUCAGAAAGAUGUACCAACCAACAUGAGAUCUCGUCUACAGAGACUGGCUGAACAGAGGCAGUACUGGGACUCGGAGGGGACCUCAGAAACAGUCCCAGAGAGCGUAGUCAUGUCUCCUCUGAAAUCUCAGAAAGUGGAUCUCCCCCCUGCUACUCCAACAAGCUCUGAGUUCUCUGUUGGAAGAAAGGGUAGGCUUGCAAACCUUGCCGCCACAAUCGGCACGUGGGAAGAUGACCUUGGACAUCCGCCCAUUCGCCGGGACAAUGCACAAGCACAGCCUGGUACGGCCUGUGUGCGCCCACCAGUCAGUAAAGUGACGGGUAGCGGUGAGCGACUUCAGUCUGCCCGGCCAGCUCCACACAAGUCUGUUGACCAGCAGCCAACAGUUUAUUCUCCAAUCAAGUCAGCCAGAUUGGUUCCCCCUAGUCCUCAGAAGACCGAGUUGCCCCAGCCCAGACUGGCUCAAGCAGUUCCCUCUCCUGUCUCCAGCCCACUGAAGAUUUACUCCUCCACCCAGCCCUCCAGUCCACUUAAAUCUUUGACCGCAUCUCCCUCUAGUCCCCAUAGAGGUUACGUCUCUCAGAGCCCCCUGAAGAACCAGGGCCCAUCUAAGUUGAAUUCUGGAGCAACACUUAAUUCAAGCCCUGCAAAACCAAUUUUGACACCUAAACCCUCUUCUACUGCUGAUGUUUCUGUGGUACCUCAGGGUCGUGAGAGGUUUACCAAGGACACAACACCCUUACAGCACAAAGGCCCAGCUGGAACUCCUGGUGGCGUCAAGUCAUUUUUGGAGCGUUUUGGAGAAAGGUGCCAGGAGCGUAACCAGAACUCUCCCUCCACAUUAGGAAGUCAAGGCCACACACCGAUGGCUACUCCCUCUGCCACCUCUAAGUCCAGGCUGCUCCAGGAGAGGCUGGGGGGCGCCCAGUCCACCUCCACCACGGCUGUCCUCGCUCAGAAGCAGAAAAUGGAACGAGAGGCAGAACUGGCACAAAUUCGUAAUCGAUUUCAAAAAGGCAACAUGUUGAGGAGUAAAGAGGAUCUCAAUGAGGUCAAGAAUGACCCUAAAAAUGAGGCAAUUGAACUGCCUGUACAGAGUCAGACUUCUGUGCCACUGCGUGAUGAUGAGCCUUCUUCACCAGUGCCUGAAGUAUUCAACAGCCCUUCUAAAUCUAGUGGAAAAGACAUAGAGUGUGCUCUUCCAAGCCCUAAGAAGAAAGUUGAACUCCUAGUAGAGAUGCCUAAAGCGAAAGAGCAAGAGGAUGUGAAAGAUGAAGAGGAAAUACAUGAGAUUGAGAUGAACGUGGAUGGCUCUGUUAACUCUGAGGUGAUAAAUGAGCUGUUUGAUGGAAUACUGGAGGAAAGUGAGGACCAAAGUGAUGAAGAGGAUGAAGAUGCUCUGAAUAUCUCCUCCAUGUCACUCCUUGCCCCGCUUGCAGAGACCGUAGCAGCUGUGGUUAAGAGUCCAGAAAGAAAGCCUAUGACAUCGACUCCUGCCAGCUCAUUCAUUGAAAAGAGUUCCACCCCUGAGAAUGUAUCCAGACCCAGUAAGUUCCAAAGGACACGCAUGCUACGAGCUGGAUCAUCUGACAGCAUCGAUGUCAUAGAUGAGCAGCAAAACCAGAACCUUCUCUACAGCAUUGAUGCCUACAGAUCCACAAGGGUCAAGACCGAGUCUGAGAGGCCUCAUGUUAAACAGGUGAUCGUGAGGAAAGAGGAUGUUUCUCAGAGGAUAGAGAUGAAUGGGAGUCCCAGUCACAUCAACAUCAAGCAGAAAAUGAAGAUGUUGACCAAUGAGAUGAACCUGCAGCAGACUGUGAUCCAUCAGGCGAGUCAGGCUCUUAACUGCUGCACAGAUGAAGAACAUGGGAAAGGAUCCCAGGUGGAGGCUGAGGCUGAAAGAUUGCUGCUUAUUGCCACUGAAAGGAGGGCUGCCCUCAAGGCUGAGAUGGACAGACUAAAAGCAGAGGGUCCAAUGGCCCAGAAGAAAAGCACAAGCAGUGCCCAGGAUAUGGGUAUACCUGCUUCUAAAGGGUCCAUCUCACUGCUGGAGCUGCGACUCCCUCUAAAGGCCGACUUUAUCUGCUCUUCCGCCAACAAGCCUGAUUGUGGAAACCAUUACUUCUUUGUGAUGAUCCGUGCUGGAGCCGAGAACACAGUGGCAACUCCUCUUGCAAGCACACGCACUGGUCUAAGUGGUGAUGCUUUGACCUUCACAACCAAAUUCACUUUGUCUGAUGUCUCUAAUGACUUUGAGAUUGAUAUUGAGGUCUACUGUUUUGUUCAGAAACGGGAGCUGAACUCUGACAAGAGGAAAAAGCCCAAGUCAAAGGCUAUCACACCAAAAAGGUUCCUCGCCAUCUCUAAGAGCAACCUCCAAACACCUGUUAUGGCUAGCCCUGGUGGUCCAAAUGCAGUGCGCACCAGUGGCUUUGUACUCGUUGGAUCACACAAGCUAACUCUAGCCUCCAUUGGGAAAAACAAAUUUCCGUUGGAGAAGAUCAAAUAUGAAAGGAGUGAAAGAGAGCUGCUCAGUGACAUGUUUCACAACAAGGUACCUUUCCUUUGUCCUUUGGAGGGUCACGUUUACCUGAAAAUGCAUUGUGAGGUUGGCUCACGGAUAGAGGAAAGGGGCUUCCUGACUAUGUUUGAGGAUGUCAGUGGAUUUGGAGCCUGGCACAGGAGGUGGUGUGUCCUUUCAGGAUACUGCAUCUCUUAUUGGACCUACCCUGAUGAUGAAAAACGGAAGAAUCCAAUUGGUCGUAUUAACCUCACCAACUGUACCAGUCGUAAAGUGGAGCCAGCAAACAGAGAGUUCUGUGCCCGGCCCAAUACCUUUGAGCUCAUCACUGUGAGACCUCAGAGGGAAGAUGACAGAGAGACCCUGGUCAGCCAGUGUAAGGACACACUGUGUGUUACAAAGAACUGGCUGAGUGCUGACACUAAGGAUGAGAGGAAUCUGUGGAUGCAGAAGCUCAACCAGAUCUUGGUGGACCUGCGCAUGUGGCAGCCAGAUUCAUGCUACAAACCCAUGUGAGCCUGCUCUCAUCUGACACCAAGGGCCAGACAUCUCCUCGUCUGGCUUUCACAUUGACUGCGUACAUGUCUGAUUUGGAAGUGCAAUAUGGCAUUACAGUUACAGAGCGUUUACAGAUACAUUUUACAAGUUCUUCAUUAUAAAUUUGACAAAAGUCAAAUGUGUAUGCGUAAAAAAAAAUCAAUAAAGCCAUAAAUGAAAAGACUUUUCAAUAUUAAAGAGCAAAAUGCUUUGCCUUACAAGGGUUUUCAGGUAUGUUUUAGAUAUUUGUAUAAAUUAGCAUGGCUUUCUUAAAUACUAAUGAAAGUUUGUUUUCUUUGUUAAACUGUUGAUUGUAUGUGUAUUUAAAUGUCUUUUGCAUGACUGCUGUCUGCUGAGAUACCUGCUGUAUUCAGAUUUCUCUGAGUAUUCUUCAAGGCCAGCAAGACGGGAUGCAAUU